AUGGAUAAAGGCAAUAAGACCACAGUGGAAGAGUUUAUUUUAUUGGCUUUUUCAGAUUUAUAUCAGCUCCAGAUUCCUCUGUUCUUUGUCACUUUGCUUGUCUACAUCAUGUGUGUAUUUGGGAACGUUAUCAUUAUUUUUAUAGUAAGAGCUGAACCUUCACUUCACACCCCAAUGUACUUUUUUAUCAGCACAUUAUCUACUCUAGAAAUAAUAUUUGUGUCUUGCAUUAUUCCUAAUCUUCUGGCUAACCUCAUUGCAGAUAAGAAGAGCAUAUCCUUCAGUGGAUGUUUCAUACAAUUGUUUGUCACUGCUACUUUAGGAACAGCAGAAUGUUACCUACUUGCAGUCAUGGCUUUUGACAGAGUCCUGGCUAUUAACAAGCCCCUGCAAUAUGUUUCUAUCAUGACCCAGCGAGUCUGUGUGCAACUUGUACUUUUACCAUUUAUUCUUGGGAUUAUAAAUGUAUCAAUCCCCACGGGUUUUACGGCUGCCUUGGAAUUCUGUGGCCCUAAUGAAAUCAAUCAUUUCUUUUGUGACUUUGCUGCUCUACAGUCAUUGGCUUGUUCCAGUCCUUAUAUGAGCCAGAUGGUGACAAACUCGGGGGCAAUUUUUGCAUCUGGACUCCCCUUCACCAUAACUGUUGGACUCUACAUCCAUAUUAUAAUCAUCAUUUCAAAGAUUAAAAGUGCUGAAUCGAAACAGAAAGCCUUCUCCACCUGCUCUUCUCAUCUCACUGUAGCAGGAUUGUUUUAUAUAACAACCAUCAUUGUUUAUGCUGUGCCAAAGGGUUCCCAAUAUGACAGGUUCUUUGCCCUAAUAUAUACUGUUAUUACUCCCCUAUUGAAUCCCUUUAUUUACACCUUCAGAAACAAAGAUGUAAAGAGAGUACUAAUAAAAUCAAGGAGGUUAAAGCUUUGCCAAGGUUCAUUCCGAUACUAA